CUAGAUUUUCUCCCUCCUUCACACCGUCCCUAUACAAACCAAACUCAUUUUUCCGAUCACCAGAUUUUCUACACCAAAUCCGCGUUCUUUCAAUUCUCAUUGACCUUUUUAAAAAACACACACACACACCAACUUCACCAUCAAAAACACGCAGAGAUACAUACACUAUUCUAUAUCUAUCUAUCUAUCUCACACAACUUCCCUCCGGUAAUGGCGUCGCCGGCUGAAGAGCGAGAGGAUACUCCUACGGUUAAAGAUUUGAUGCAUAAAACUAAAGUGAUUCAGUUUUUCGGAAGAGAUACACCGAUUAUUCUUCAAAACGACAACGGACCGUGUCCUCUUCUUGCUAUUUGUAACAUACUGUUGCUGAGAAACAAUUUAAGUUUAAGCUCAGAUGUUGCUGAAGUGUCGCAGGAGAAAUUGCUUUCACUUGUUGCGGAAAGCUUAAUCGACUCAAACAGUAAUAGUGAUAACAAAGAUGUAGGGUAUGUUGAAAAUCAACAACAGAAUAUAGCUGAUGCAAUUGAUAUACUCCCUCGUCUUGCAACUGGAAUUGAUGUCAACAUUAAAUUCAGGAGAAUCCAUGACUUUGAGUUUACGAGGGAAUGUGCAAUAUUCGAUUUACUAGGCAUUUCACUUUAUCAUGGUUGGAUCGUUGAUCCACAGGAUUCCGAUACUUCAAAUGCAAUUGGCUCAAAGUCAUACAAUAUGUUGAUGGGAGAACUUGUUGAUCUUGAAACUCAAAAUAUGGGAAGUGUUACAAAAAAUAAUCCAGAUUUAGAUUCUAUUGACUUUGUUGCUUCAACAACGGUUAUACCAGAGGAAACAGAGCCAUUUAGUACCUUGAAACCGUCAACCACUGUUAAACCACCUUCAGAAAAUGAGGUAAUUGUUGUUGGUACAGUUGAGGAAACCUUAUCUACAAUAUCAAACAGUGAUAGCAGCAGGCUAGUGAAUAAUUACAAUGAUGAUAUGAUAACUUUUGAGAAGGUUCCUGGGGAAGAUGUUGGUUCGUCUUUGGAAGCUGACAAGGAGAGCGACAAUGGACAAAUAAAUAGUAGUAUAUCGAAGAAGAAUGAGGGUACAGGUGGAAUUGAGAAAACUAACAUUGAAGUAUUGGAUAGAACUGUAAAUGACUCACUUAGUUUGUGUGGAUUAGAUUCUUCACCUCCUCCUGUUGAUGAAUUAAUUUGUAAUGGAGAUGUGAAUGAAGUAAAAAGUAUGAGUAAUGAAAAGAUGUCAAAUGAGUCAUGCUCAUCUGAACCUAAUGUGGCUUUAGAAUCAUCCAACGGCAUGGUACAAACUAUUGUUGGACCUGAUUCUCUAGUUUCAACUCCUGAUGGGAAUGAAACAAUUUCUAAAGAGAAAUGCAUAUUGGAAACGGGCACUACAAGGAAUGAAGGUGAGGUUGUCAUGUCUGAACAAGUGCACAAAGAUGGUACAAGUGCUGAUGUUACAAGACCUAAAGAUGGAACUACACCAGGACAAGGGGAAUUGAUUAGAACUUUUCUGAAGAACAAUGCGAGUCAGAUGACCAUAUAUGGCUUAUUUUCGCUGCAAGAGGGUGUAAAGGAAAAUGAACUGUGUGUGUUUUUCCGAAAUAACCACUUCAAUACAAUGUUCAAGUUUGAAGGUGAACUAUACAUCUUAGCUACGGAUUUAGGCUACAUUAAUCAGCCUGAUUUGGUAUGGGAAAAGCUAAAUGAGGUCAAUGGUGAUACCAUGUUUAUGACCAGUGACUUCAAGGAAUUUAAGGUUGAAAAUCAUGAAACACGCGCAUGGGACGAGCAGAAUGUGAUGUCGAGUACUGCCGAUUAUAUUGCCAGAAUGGACAAUACAGCUGAAGGGGGCACAGAAAUCAAUUCUGAUCUGCAAUUGGCUAUAGCCCUUCAGCAACAAGAAUUCGAGCAACAACAGCAGCAACAACAGCAACAUCAACAGCAACGCCAGCAGCCACAGCGUACUUCGCCACAGUCGCCCACCACUUCAUGUUCAGGGCUUGUUGUAGGUCCCAAGCAUGUACAUCCAGCAAGACCCAGAAACUCGGCAUCAUCGUCAAGCAAGGAGUCAAAACCUGAUAAAGAUAAGUGCAAUGUGAUGUGAAAAGCUUGUUCUGCCCACAGUAUCAGGUUUGGACUGUAUAUGCUUGCACUACAUUUUGAACCAUCAAAUUCUAAUUGGGAAUGCAUGUGAUUUUAGAUUCAUUUCCCUUCUGCCGUAAAUAAUGUAGGACUAUUCUAGUUAAAGAGACAUGAUGAAUGUUUGGCAUAUUGUACCAUAUAUGCAUAGAAUGUUGAAAGACAUUUUAGUUAGAAAAAUAAUUGCUUGUGGGAUUUUUUUAACAUCAACUUUACAAAACCUAUGGCUUAUGCGCUUUCACAUUA